AUGGGCAUGACAGGCGUUGGGAAGACAACUUUCAUCGGCACGUUGACAGAUAGCGACCUGACCGUUGGAUACGGCCUCAAUUCUGGUAUGCUUUGCUCACAACACAAGGCACGAAGGACAUCGACGUCGUCGAAACGAUCAUCAACGGACAGAAGGUCCAUCUUAUUGAUCACCUCCGGUUUCGACGACACAGACCUGUCAGAUACAGAGACCCUCAAGACGAUUGCAGCGUACUUGCAAGGAGCGGAAAGGGCCAAUAUCCAGUUGACGUGGCUAUUAUUACCUGCACCGGAUCAACGAUGUGCGGAUGCAAGGAAAUGCGUUGAAGAACAUCCGCAUGUUUAG